CUUCAACCUCAGCCUCAUCUCCACCCUCUGCCUCAACCUCAACCUCAACCUGAGCCUCAGCAACAACAAUCAGAUGAUGAAUCUGACUCCAACAAGGAUCCGGGUUCCGACCCGGUUACCUCGAGUUCAACUCCUGGGAAGCGUCCACGUGGGCGUCCUCCGGGAUCUAAGAACAAGCCGAAGCCACCGGUGAUAGUGACAAGAGAUAGCCCCAACGUGCUUAGAUCUCAUGUUCUUGAAAUCUCAUCUGGAGCCGACAUAAUUGAGUGCGUUAACACUUACGCUCGCCGGAGAGGGAAAGGUGUCUCCAUUCUCAGUGGUAACGGCACGGUAGCUAACGUCAGCAUCCGUCAG